AUGAACACAAUGAUGAAUAAUCCUGAAGUCUAAGAAUUUAUGUUUAGAAUUGCUGAUGAAGAAACUAAUUAAAUUUAGGAAGUAAGAAGCUUAAGUAUCAAUUAUAAAGCAUCAAGAAUAGGCAGGGAGUUUAUUAUAUAGAGAGAGGAGUAACUAUAAUAAAAACAAGCUGAAACUUAGAUGCUGACUUAAAACAUUGAUAUUUGCGAGGAUUAAUAGAUAUAAUUUUAUGAGAAUAAUAUUUACCCAUUAUAAUCGAAAGAAGAAUAAUCCUUAAUCCAAUCCCCUCCUUCAAAAAAAUAUAUCGAAAUAGCCUAGGAUGAGUUAUCAGAACUCAUUAAUAGAAGUAAAUACGAGUUUGAUUAAACAAGGAUUGAUCAAGCCUACCAAUAUGCAAAAUUGGCAUAAGAUAAAUUUAAAUCUGAUAUAAAUUAUCUACCUCAUGCUGAAUAUGUAGACUAAAUAAUUUUGCAAUAUAAUUAUAUGAUCGAAAAUGUGAAAGAAUUAGAUUCAGAUGGCUGGAUAUUUGAUGGUUUGAGUAAUGGAAUCUCUGUGAAGUACAAAUUCCCAGAAAACACAUCUACUGCCUCUAUGCUUAUGGAAACUAAGAUACCAGUAAACGCCAUAAGAGUGUUGGCUUUAGUAAACGAAAUGAAUUUAAAUUAUUUAUGGGUUCCCUUCUGCAAGAGAACUUAUGUUAAUAAAGUGCUGAAUAGAGCGUGUAAGGUUUGCACAUCAGAAAUGUAUUUCCCUCUGAUUCCAGAUAGAGAAUGUGUUUUUGUUGGAGAAGGUUAUGAUAGAUUAUAAGUUAAUGGAACAAUCACAUUAUUGUCAAGGUCAGUGGAUUAAGAUAAAGAAUUUUUAGAAAAGAAUGGAAUUUUUAUCCCAGAGAAAUCCAAAUUUGUGAGAAUGUAUAUCAAAUACUACAUUUUUGAAAUUACCCCUAUUGAUAAGGAUUCAUGUUCCAUUAGAGCUUGCACAAAUGUGAAUCCCAAAAUUUCCAUGGUUCCUAAUAGUGUUUUAGCUUAUGUUGGAAGAAAAUUUGCGCAUAUUUUGAUAUAAAAAAUAGUUAAUUUUGCCAAGACUUUUGAAAAGUCUCCCUUUUAUCCUUAUUAUUUAGAACACGUAGAAUUUUAUAAUUGGUUAGAAGAGAAGCUAAAACACCAUCUUGAAUAUUGA